AUGGCACAAUUCGACCCGCUUAGCAGAGCUGACUGUGAAGUUCAAUGCAUACCGCCAGUCCUAGAGAACAAGGAAAUCGGAUUACUUGUAGAGCUCCGUACAAGCAGCGCUUCCCCCGAACAUAUCCCAACCGCAGCGAAUCAGAGAGCUUGGCUUACUCAGGCGUGGCGUUGGAUAACAACCCCGAAAGGAUUCUUCAUCGCCAUCUAUGGAUUGAACAUAGUCGCCUGGGGCGGGAUGCUAUUCCUGCUAAUCUGCAAUGCUGCCCCAGCCAUGUGCCACCCGUCCUGCAACGAUCUAUACUCCUCCCGCCGGAUCUGGAUCGAGAUCACCUCCCAGGUCCUGAACGGGCUAUUCUGCGUGACGGGAUUCGGACUCGCACCGUGGCGGUUCCGGGAUCUGUACUGGUGGUGCUGCUGGCGGCUGGCGUGGAGAGACCGGGAGAAAAGCCUCGCUAGCAUCACGCGCUUGGCUAGCAUUCAUCGAGCGUGGUACCGCUUACCGAUCGUUGACUGUGACUGCGAGCAAAACAAAUCUGCUACUACAGAGGCCCUUGACCUCUCGAUAAAUGGAGGCCGCGCACCGGCGACGGCGACUUGGAAAAUGGAUUUGGUGAUCUGGUGCAACAUGUGGAAUACUAUAUUCCAGGGAUGCCUGGCUGGCUGCAUGUGGGGGAUGAAUAGAUUCAACCGGCCUAGUUGGACGACUGGCCUAUUUGUUGCCUUGGCCUGCGUUGUGGCUGGUAUUGCAGGGCAUAUGGUCUUCCGCGAGACGAAGAGGCGUGCGAAAUCAACAGAGAUGAAAACGGCCGAUAGUACUGUUGCAGAGAAAGGGGAGAAUGUCGUUUAA